AAGGGCGCUGCGCAUGCGCACUGAGCGCUGGGGGUUGCCGUGGAGACGCGUCGGCCGGGCCGGGCCCGGAGCGCCGCCGCCGCCAUGAGCUCGGGGCCGGAGCCGGAGCUGGGGCCGGGGAUACGGCCGGGGACAGGGACAGGGCCCCCGAUCGUGCCCGGGCCGGGGCUGCCCUUCCUCCCCGGCUGCGCCAUCAAGGACCCCACGAAAACAUCUUUUCAUCGGUGCCAGACACUGGACUUCAAAAAUGGAUAUGCCUUUUUCCGGCUGCCAAGAGAGGGGGUUGGUGGGGACACACUCUUUGCAAAUCAGCUCUCUCAAGAUGAAUUAGAUGAUUUAUGCACCAAGGGAGCCACACUGACCUAUGGGCAAGUCAAGAGGCCUGCACCUUCCCGCUUCACUCCAGCAUUCGUGGCUUAUGACAAAAAGGUUUUGAAGUUUGAUGCCUACUUCAUGGAGGAAGUUGCUAUCUCUGCAGAGGAGCAUUACCGGAUCCGCCAGGUGGGCCUCUAUUACUACCUGGAAGAUGACAGCAUGUGCAUCAUCGAGCCCAAGGUGAAGAACUCGGGUCUGCUCCAAGGCAAACUCAUGAGGCGCCACCGGGUGCCCAAGAAUGAGCACGGGGAUUAUUACCACUGGAAGGAUCUGAACCUGGGCAUCGACCUCACCAUAUACGGCCGCACCUACCGCCUGGUCAACUGCGACUCCUUCACCAAGGUGUUCCUGGAGAGCCAAGGAAUUGUAGUGAACCCCCCAGAGGAGCUGGUUUCGGAUCCUUACACAGAACAGCGUCGGACGCCGAUGCAAAAACGCAUCGUGCCCACAGGUCCCGACCCCUUCAGGCAGUUCCUGACCUAUGACACAAAGGUGCUUCGCUUCUAUGCCAUAUGGGAUGACACCAACUGUGCCUUUGGUGAUCACCAUCCCUGCAUCAUCCAUUACUUCUUGGCAGAUGACACAGUGGAGGUUCGGGAAGUCCACAAGAGAAAUGAUGGGAGAGACCCAUUCCCGGUACUAAUGAAGCGCCAGCGCUUGCCCAAAGUAUUUGUGGACAAGAACAAGAACUUCCCAAGCUGUGUGCUGGAGAUCACUGACCAUGAGGUACAAGAGUGGUACUCACCCAAAGAUUUUGCUAUUGGCAAAACUGUCACCCUCCUUGGACGCACCUUCUUGAUCUAUGAUUGUGACAAGUUCACCCAGGACUUCUAUCGUGAAAAAUAUGGCAUCACAGACUUCCAGCCAGUGGAUGUAAAUAAGAAACCACUUGAAAAAGUUCCACAGGUAAUUCCUCCCUACAAUGGUUUUGGUAUCCCUGAAGACUCUCUCCAGAACUGCCUUAGUCUGUUUCCAAAGCCUCCACGGAAAGAUAUCAUUAAGAUGCUGGAGAACAAUCUCAAGGUCCUGAGGUACCAGGUGGCUCUGGAAUCACCAGUGCCCGAGGACAAAAAUCGUCGUUUCAUCCUCUCUUAUUUCCUCGCCGAUGACACAAUCAGCAUCUAUGAACCUCCAGUCAGAAACUCUGGCAUCCUUGGAGGCAAAUACUUAAAAAGAACCAAAGUCACCAAGCCAGGGUCUACUCCAGAGAAUCCCAUAUACUAUGAGCCCUCUGACUUCACCAUCGGUUCUACAAUUGAAGUGUUUGGCCACAGGUUUAUUAUCACUGAUGCUGAUGAAUAUGUGCUUAAUUACUUGGAGAGAAAUGCAGAGAGUUUCCCUGCAGCAACAGUGCAAUCCAUAAGGGAUCAUUUCCUCCCACGGAAGGUGGUAGUGGAGACUGCCAGCAGUGGCUUUCCCAAGAAGGACCUGGAUGAUUUAAUUGUGGAGGUUCAGAAAGAACUGAAACUCCAAGAGCCCUUCAGCACCAGGGAGUUUCAUGAGGCAUUUCAUCAUUUUGACAAGGAGGGCUCUGGAUUCCUGGAUAAAGCAAGAUUUUUGACUGUCUGUGACAGGUUCAAUGUGCCAACCAGCACCAUUCUUCUUAAAAAGCUGAUUGACUACUGUUCCUGUGAUGAAGACAAGGUAAACUACCGCGACUUCCUUCGAGCCUUCCCUACUGAUCUCUUCCCAGAAGCUGAAGGACAGUGUCAGCAGUUGAAUUCUCAGCUGACUUGAAUAUGUUGUACUUCAAAAAGGAUGCUCUGGUUUUCCCCCCUUGCUCCACUCUCUCCCUCCCCCUUUUACAGACCCAGCUGAUUCCACCCUCAUGUUAACGUUUUUUCCUUCCUAACCUCUCCCUGCCCUUUUGCUACCCCCAAACUCAACCUCGUAACUGCUGGAUGUUGAAAUGAAACUUAGAGGAGAAAAAACAUAAUUCUGAGAACCAAAGUCAGGUUCUUCUGUUGUUUUGUCAACCUUUUAGUGCAGUACUUUAGAGAGCUAAAGGUCUCUGGAGCCUGGAGUGAAAACCACUCCAGGUUUCUCUCGGAUGAGCCUUUCACCUUCAAGUAGUGAAGACUGCCAGUUUGUUAUUAAAAUUGCAAUAAAACUUCAGUUGCUACAAAUGUA